AUGUCCGCUCAAGGACUGCUGAACGUUUUCUCUUGCUCUUCACCAGCAUCCAAACAUAUUUCUAAAAGGAAAUUACGGCAAACUCGAAGUUUAGAUCCAGCAUUGAUACGAAAUUAUGGAGCAGAUCCAAAUGCCUCAUCGGGAUAUCCAGGCGACACUAAGUUGCACUGUUUUGCCUCGAAUCAAACAGGUGGUUUACCAUACCUUCAAGCGUCCUCCGAGAACCUCGCGGCGGGUCAAGUGGAGGCGCGCGCCAAGACAAAGCGAGUGAAACAGCAUCACUCAUCUUCGAGCCUGUUCUCAUCCUUAGACACCUCGUUGUUGGCUGACUUUAGCUCUGAUCACGAAGGAAAGAACUUAAAAUGGAGUACUGCAGAUCUGUCGGUUGUUCGGUGCACAACGCCAACAUCAGCAGGGAGUUCAAGUACCCUUUUCUCACCUCGAAAGUGGCUACAGAAAAAGCUGCACCAUCAGGAUACUCAGUCGUACACGGUGUACCAGUCUGAGGGGGACUUCACGUGGAGCAGUGCGUCGGGGCGCACGGUGCGUCUGCAGCCCUCUCCCAUCCAGAGUCUGUCGGAGCUGGAGCGCGUCCGCCUGCAGGAGGUGGCCUAUAGCCGCCUGCACCAGGACUACCACCUCACCUGCCAGGUCACCAUCCCCAAAGAUUGUCAGAAGCGCAAGAAGUCGCUGAGGAGGAAAUUUGAUUCGUUAUCCAAAGAGAAGAGUAAAGACAAAGAGUUUGUGCCCCAGGCGUUCGGAAUGCCGCUGUCGCAGGUGAUCGCUAACGACCGCGCGCACAAGCAGCGGCACGACGGCGGCCACCGCGGAGGAGCCGAGGAGCAUCGGGGAGACGCCGCCGCCACCGCCGCCGCCACCGCUGCUGCUGCCGCCACGGCCGCCGCCUCGGACCUGGUCUCCUCCAUCCUGCACUUCACCACCAAGCGGCCCUCCAAGGAGCUCUCCAGCAGCAACUCCUCGCUCAGCUCCACCUCGGAGACGCCCAGCGAGAGCGCCACCCCUGGCACGCCCGACUCGGCCCCGCGCGCCCGCAGACGAGGUGGCAUGUCUGUGGACUCCAUCACAGACCUGGACGACAGCGAGUCUCGCCUGCUGGAGGCCCUGCAGCUCUCGCUGCCCACGGAGGCGGCCAGCAGGAAGGAGAAGCAGCGGGACAAGAAGCUCAGCCUCAACCCCAUCUACAGACAGGUGCCCAGGGUGGUGGACUGCUGCUGCCAGCACCUGGAGAGAUACGGUUUGCAGACCGUUGGCAUCUUCCGUGUGGGGAGUUCAAAGAAAAGAGUGCGACAGCUGCGAGAUGAGUUUGACCAGGGCUCAGAGAUCCAGCUGGACGAGGAACACAGUGUCCACGACGUGGCAGCGCUUCUGAAGGAGUUUCUGCGGGACAUGCCCGACCCGCUGCUCACCAAAGAGCUCUACACCGCGUUCAUCAACUGCAUGUCACUGGACCCUGCGGAGCAGUUCAGCGCCAUGCAGCUGCUGGUCUACCUGCUGCCGCCCUGCAACAGCGACACCCUGCACAGGCUCCUGGAGUUCCUGUCCACCGUGGCCGCCCACGCCGAAGACGCCCACAACGGAGAGGGCCAAGAGAUUACAGGGAACAAGAUGACCUCUCUGAACCUGGCCACCAUCUUCGGGCCCAACCUCCUCCACAAACAGAAGAGCUCCGAUAAAGAGUUCAUGGUCCAGAGCUCGGCCCGGGCGGAGGAGAGCACCACCAUCAUCGGGAUCGUCCAGCGGAUGAUCGACACGUACGAGUCGCUCUUCAUGGUGUCCCCUGACCUGCAGCAUGAGGUGCUGAUGAGUCUGCUGGAGACGGACCAUGACGUCGUGGACUACCUGCUGAGGAGGAAGGCGUCUCAGUGGGAGAACCCGGGCCUGCUGCGCUCCGACGACUCCUUCUCCCUGAGCGAGCGCCACUCCUGCAGCGACUCCAACAACGUGUCCAGCGGCGAGGUGUCCCCCUACGACAACAACUCGCCCGUGCUCACCGACCGACCGCUGUCCCCAGAGCCGUGCGAGGAAGAGGAGGAGGAGGAGGACAGCAGCCGCCGUAACCCCCGCCGGCCAGACAAGUUGUGUCUGGAGGGCCCCGUGAGAGGGAGGCUGGGGCUCACCGGCCUCUCCUCCGCCUCCAGCACAGCUGAAAACAGAGGUGAACAUUUGUGGAGAGCUUGGCAUGCAACACUGAAGUCAGAAUUGCAAGACCAGAGCUCAGGCUCUCACGGAAGCGUGUCCCAGAGUUCCCUGAGCUCGGCGGAGGGCGUGGACACCCUGCGCGGCCCGCAGAAGCCACCGGUGCGCCGCACGCACACCACAGGAGCGCCGGACUGCCAGAGCCACGCGCCCGUCACGCGGGCCAGCAGCAGCCCGCAGACGAGCGGCCGGCUCAGCCAACCGCAGCGCAGCACGGCGCCCCGCCGCAGCCAACCGGGAUCGAGCAGCUUAGACGACAUCACGCUCGGCGGAGCCUCCCCCGCCAGGGCGCUUCACUGGUCCAAGACGUGGGACAGGCUGGACAGCACGCCGCCCCCUCCGUACCCAGGGCCCCACACCAGGACCAGCACCCCUCCUCCGCCAGCAGCGCCCCCCACGCCGCCCCAGGUGGUGUCUCCGUCCACGCAGGUGCCGCGGCGGCGACCCUCGCAGAUCCGCCUCCCCGGCCCCCGGAGCGAGGCUUCCGACGAGUCGUCCACCCCUCGGGCCCUCAGGCCGCCCAACAGCCCGGGUUGGCCCGUCUGGCAGAGGGACAAGUGGCAGAUAUGGCAGCUGCUCUCCUCGGACAGCACGGACACGCUGCCAGAGACGCUGGUGUGAUGCUGUGCCCAGCGCACAGCUCCAGAUGACCGCGUCUCGUCUCCCUGGGCUGGACAUAAAGGAUGUGGAGAGUUCUUCUGAGAAUGUCGGGGGGCUUUGUUGUUGUAGUUUUUUUUUUUUGUUUGUUUUUGUUUUUUUUUUACUCUACAUUUCCUGCCAAGUAAUCUUUUAUUUUUUACUCAGCUCCAACAGUAGCUUGUUCUUUGCGUGUUUUUAAACAUACCUCUAAAUGGAAAAAAUCAUCACAUUUCUCACUGUUGGUAAAGAAUGGCUCUCUAAGAUGACUCCUGUUCUGUAUCUGAUGCUCAGAUCAAACGAAAUGAGUCAUUGAUGUGUCUAAAAAGAUGACCCAUUUGAAUGAAGACUAUUAUGCAGUGCCUUUGGUACUAUUUUCUACCCCAGGCUCACUGUUUGUGCGUGCGUGCGUGUGUGUGUGUGUGUGUGUGUGUGUGUGUGUGUGUGUGUGUGUGUGUGUGUGUGUGUGUUUCCAUUUUGUGUGGAGCAGAAGAGCAAUCCUACGUAUAUGUCCUUUUCAGUCAGUAAGGCAGGGCACUUCACCUUAAGUGUGCUUGGCGAUUUGAAUCACAGUGUAGUACAGUAAGUCCCUUUUGUGAAAUGCUGCACAGCACCCAGGAUGCUUGCUGUUGGAGUAAGCUCAUCUGGAAUCAAUGUAAAUGGAUGACUGCAUUAUUGCACUUAAUUUUCCGAUAGAGCUUUUCAUAUAUUUUUUACAGCUAUAAAUGCCUUUAUUUUUGUCUUGAUUGUCACAUACAUUUUUAUAGAAAUGGACAGAGUCAAAGUAUAUUUUAUUAGACAUAGAUAUAAGUUAAACUAGGUGCUAUCCCUAUGCAUGAUAUAACAGUACUUAUAUGUAUUGACCCCCUUCCCUCCCUCGUUUCUUAAUCCACUGUUUUACCGUAAUUUCCCGACUAUUAGCCGCGGCUAUUUUUGCAAAAUUUCUUCCGCCAUGAGGGGCAGUUAAUAUGGUGUUAAUAUAGUUUUGUUUCCGUUAACUUGCAUGAAAAAACUGUGGCUGCGGCUUAUACGCAAUGCGGCUUAUAUGCGGGAAGAAACUGUAAAGGAACGCUCUAUCCCGUCCUGCAACAUGUUCAACUGAUGUAGUAUAGGGAGAUUCUCUACGCUAUUGGCCCAGUGAUCGUUUUCCUUUAGUUAUUGUGCACUUCGACUUCAGUUUACAGUUUCCUAUUCCCAGACGAUGCAUUUUAUCCAUGCUUCCUAUGUGUGCCUUGAAUCAUCGCAUGCUAGAAUGUUGAGCUGGAGUGCAAAUGCAACACUGCUGGCACAUUCUCAGCUACAGCAAAUGGCAAUAACACAUCCCCAGAAGCUUAUAGCGUACAAGAAAUGUGUGUUUUAACAGAACGGUUUAACAGUGUGAUAUGAUGGAGUUCUCUUCUUACAGGAGCCCAGAGACCAGAGGGCUGACAUACGGUAACACAUCAUAAAAAUAAGCAACUGUACAAACAAUACCGUACCACUGAGUUCCUCGUUGUCGUUCAGGCUGUCUAGCAAAAUGCCGAUUUUAAGUGCCAAAUGAAACACGGAGAGUCCAACAGCGCGUUAUGUUUUCAGCGUCAGAUCAGCGUGAAAUCAUUCAUUUCAACACCACCAUUCGUUCCUUUCUCUUUUUCCUCUCAGACCUUCUCGGCGUCUAAUUAUGCUUUAUUCAAACUGUCACAGACACUGCAGGGCAGUUAAGAUUUAUCAUCAGUGUGUCAUCACACCAUAAAGCUUUCAGCUCCCAAGUCAUCACAGAAAGUUCAGUAGGUGCCUGUAUUUGUCUGUUAAACAAAAUGGAAAUGGUCAAUUAUCGCAGCCAUAUGUCAAAAGGAACUCUAUAGUUGUGACUCAAAGAUGUAUUGUUCAUUGUUCUUUGGUUAAGCUCUUUAAUCUGUCACACUGACAGUAACACUUUGUGACACUGAUCCUUUCAUUUGUGUUAUGGGAGGGAACAGAGGAAAAAGUGAAUCUGCAUUGUAGACUCAAUUGAAAUCAUGUGUUGUUCAAAGCAAAGCAGUCACAAAGAAUGUGGUUGGCGGAGAAAAAAAAAGAUGUGCCUGAAUUCUGGUCACAAUAAUUUCAAGUGUUUCUCUCUUCUUUCUGUUGUUUACUUGUCCAUGUUUCAUUGCCCUAUGCUGGUCUAGUCAUCUUUUCAUUUGUAAUAUGCAUUGUCCCAAAGGCUCUUUUUAUGUAAUAAAGCUGCUUAGCUGCUUUCUA